CGGGGGAGGGAGGAGCCAGAGCGGCCGCCGCCUCUGCCGGAGGAGCCGCGGGGCCGCCACACUCGCCCCCCGCCCCCCCGCGCUCACUCGCACUCACACCCGGGCGCUGGAGGCGGGCGGCCCGGGCCCCACCGGCCCCCCAUGGACGCCCCCGGCACGGGGCGCUGAGACCCCCGCGCCGCUGCCCAGCCCGGUCCAGCGCGCCACGCCGAGGGAUCCGCGGACAGGACGAGACUCUGAAGUUACUCUCCCAGCACCUACCCCCAGGACCACCCCCCGAAGGACCCAGCUUGCCCUCAACCCUCCCACCUGCCACUCCCUGGCCCCUCCCACCGCCCGCCCCCCUUGGGGUGCAGGGCAUGGUGUGAAAGGCCAAGUGCUGAGCGGGUACCAUGGGUGCUGUGCCCUAGGGCCUGGGUGGCGGGGGGUGGGCGGCCUGUGGGCGUGUUGGGGGGGCCAGCGUGCCCACCCCAGUCUCUUGGCGUGCUGGAGGGCAUCCUGGAUGGAAUUGAAGUGAAUGGAACAGAAGCCAAGCAAGGUGGAGUGUGGGUCAGACCCAGAGGAGAACAGUGCCAGGUCACCAGAUGGAAAGCGAAAAAGAAAGAACGGCCAAUGUUCCCUGAAAACCAGCAUGUCAGGGUAUAUCCCUAGCUACCUGGACAAAGACGAGCAGUGUGUCGUGUGUGGGGACAAGGCAACCGGCUACCACUACCGCUGUAUCACUUGUGAGGGCUGCAAGGGCUUCUUUCGCCGCACAAUCCAGAAGAAUCUCCAUCCCACCUAUUCCUGCAAAUAUGACAGCUGCUGCGUCAUCGACAAGAUCACGCGCAAUCAAUGCCAGCUGUGCCGCUUCAAGAAGUGCAUCGCCGUGGGCAUGGCCAUGGACUUGGUUCUAGAUGACUCGAAGCGGGUGGCCAAGCGCAAGCUGAUAGAGCAGAACCGGGAGCGGCGGCGGAAGGAGGAGAUGAUCCGAUCCCUGCAGCAGCGACCGGAGCCCACGCCCGAAGAGUGGGAUCUGAUCCACGUCGCCACGGAGGCCCAUCGCAGCACCAACGCCCAGGGCAGCCACUGGAAGCAGAGGCGGAAAUUCCUGCCAGAUGACAUUGGCCAGUCACCCAUCGUCUCAAUGCCAGACGGGGACAAGGUGGACCUAGAGGCCUUCAGCGAGUUUACCAAGAUCAUCACCCCGGCCAUCACCCGUGUGGUGGACUUUGCCAAAAAACUGCCCAUGUUCUCCGAGCUGCCUUGCGAAGACCAGAUCAUCCUCCUGAAGGGGUGCUGCAUGGAGAUCAUGUCCCUGCGGGCAGCCGUCCGCUAUGACCCCGAGAGCGACACCCUGACGCUGAGUGGGGAGAUGGCUGUCAAGCGGGAGCAGCUCAAGAACGGCGGCCUGGGUGUCGUCUCCGAUGCCAUCUUCGAGCUGGGCAAGUCACUGUCUGCCUUUAACCUGGACGACACAGAAGUGGCUCUGCUGCAGGCUGUGCUGCUAAUGUCAACAGACCGCUCGGGCCUGCUGUGCGUGGACAAGAUCGAGAAGAGUCAGGAGGCGUACCUGCUGGCGUUCGAGCACUACGUGAACCACCGCAAACACAACAUUCCGCACUUCUGGCCCAAGCUGCUCAUGAAGGUGACUGACCUCCGCAUGAUCGGGGCCUGCCACGCCAGCCGCUUCCUCCACAUGAAAGUCGAGUGCCCCACCGAACUCUUUCCCCCACUCUUCCUCGAGGUCUUUGAGGAUCAGGAAGUCUAAAAGCCUCAGGCGGCCAGAGGGUGUGCCGGAGCUGGGGGGAGGAGCCUGGAGAGAAGGGGCGGGGCUGGGGCUGAGGGAGACCCCACCCCCACACCCCUCUUCUCUCCUUCCCGCUCUCCCUCGGAUAGAUUCCGCUCCCAUACACACACCCCACACUGCCCAGGUCCCCCCUCAGAACCUCCAGCCCUGGGACAGGGCAACAAAUGAACUUGCUAUGAAAAGGACAGUGUGGGAGGCGGGGGGAGACCCAGUCCUCUGAGAAGCCAGGGGAAGGGAGAGAGAAACAGAGUGGACAAGCCAUCUUGACUGUAGGGAGAGGAGGAAGGUGGGAGGGGGCAGAUGCCCUCAACUCUCCCCCUGCACAAAAGAGAGAGACAGAGAGAGAGAGAGAGAGAGAGAGAGAGAGAGAGAGGGACACCCUGCCCAGUCCCUUGGCCGAGGUGUCCCCUCCAAGCUAAGGCCUCCUGCUCCCCCAGAUGCCUGGGCUCAGAGGACGACUUGGCUCGGCGCCUCCCCUGGGGGUUAAAUGUUAUAGUCAUUCUAACUGCACUUUGGAAACAAGCAAGGGGAGAAGAUAGAUGAAGAAAAACUAGACCAAGAAAAAGACAAAAAAAGAGCGCGAGAGAGAGCGAGAGCGAGCGAGAGCGAGCGAGCGAGAGAGAUGAUAUUAAGUUAUUAACUAAGGCUGGCCAGAGGGGAAGGACCCCCCCUUACCACCCCAUGCACUUUGACAGCUGCCCUUCCUCCUCCUCGAAUCAAAGAGAGUCCCUCUCCCAGCAGACCGCACCGGGAGGGCUGCCCAUCAGAGCUGUGAGCUGACACAACAGGGUCCUGGCCACCCCCUUGCCUUGCCCCUCCCCCUGUGCCCCUUUGGCACCCCCAGCCCAGUUCUUCCUCCGCUCUCUGCCACUCGUGCCCGCUGAGUUCCAUCUACCUCUCACGCUGGAUGCCAGUUGGCCCCUCACCUCCUGUCCUGCUGCCCGCACAGCUCCCCAUUCAAGUGCCCAGCCCCAGGGGCCUGUCCCUGUCCCCCGCCCCUCACACACACACACGUGCACACACACACACACGCACACACACGCACACCUUGGCACCCACAUGGGAAAAGCUGUGGCUGCGGCUUCCGCCCUCCUCAUGUCCUGCAGUAUUAGCUAUGGUCCAGAUGCUGCUGCCCGGGGCGGGAGCUGUGCGUGAGCAUCUCCCUGAGUCCCAGCCCCUGGGGGCGGGGGCUCGCUUGCCCUGUUUCCCGGUCUGUCUUCUGGGCUCUCUAACCUCUGCCCUCCUCCUUCCCUGCUCCUAUACAAUGCGCUCAUCCUGACUCUGGGUGGGCAGGCACCAGAAUGGGGGUGUCCGGGUCAGUGGCACUACAUUGGGGCCCUGGGGGAGGGGUGGUUGGUGCUCCUCCUUUUUUCCCUUUGAUGCUCUUCAGACCAGCCCCCCUCUGCCCCUGGGCUCCCUUCCCCUCUUCUUUUCUCAAAUUCAGGGACUUUGGCUUGAGCCCCUCCCACCCUCCUGGUGAGGAGUGCUCUGUUGGUCUGCACUUGGGGCAGCUGCCCUCCUCUUCCUCCGCCUCCUCCCUUUGGCUAUGGCAGCUCCUCAGGGGAGAGAGAGGGAGGGAGGGAAGAAGGAGAGGAGUGGGGAGGGACAGCGCAGACCAGAGGGCCCUGGGCUCAGGGCUGCACGUCGGCAGGGAUGGAUGGGUGGACAUAGAUGCCCCCGGAAGCCAUGGGGAAUGGGGCAGGGGUGGGUGGGGGAGGGGGCGCCAGGGCUUCCUGCGCUUUGCACUAUUGGGGCAAAAAUGUCUUAAGCAGUGGGGAACCUGCCACCCCACCCCAACCCUCAGCCUGCCACAGCCCCCUACACACACAUACACACACACACACACACACACACACACGCCAUGAGCAUCCACACGUGCACCCACACACACAGGAAGGCAAUGCUAUGCUGCCUGCCAGGGCGGUGUCCUUCCCCGCUGAUCAGGUGUUCCCACGGGGAUGGAGGGCCUGGAGGAGCAUCCUGUCACCUGUGCAUGUGCCUGCCCGCCCCACCGGGGCCCUGGGCUGCCCGUGCUGUCUUUGUCUCUGUCCUCUCCCUCUCUCUCCUGGGGUGUGACUGCAGUCCCAUGGAUAAGCCCUCUUGUACCUGACUCCCAUACCUGGGGUCCCCAGUGGAAUUCCUGACCUAUCUGCUGUCUCCCCUACUCCUUCAUCCCCACCCCUCGCCCUCCAUCCCCAUUUUCAGCCAUGGACUCGGUGAAGAAAAGGCCCGGAAGAGCCUUGGCCUCUUACAGGCACUUAGGAACCCCUCCUCCCCACUUCUGCCCUCCCCAGUCAGAUGAGCUGUGACCCCCUCCCCCACCGGGGCCCUUCCCCUCCCCCCUCAGUGAUGUGGGGCGUAUGUGUGCGUUUCUCUGCGUGAAUGUGUGAGUGAGUACGCAUGGUGCCGGAGGAGCCAGGGAGACUCAGGAGUGCCAUGCAUCUGCUCUAGAGAGGCAGCUGUCCCAGUCCCUGCUGAGGAAGUGGGGAAUAGGGCCCUCUCCUGGGGGCCAUUGGUGCUAAUGAGGGGGUGGCCCUGAUGUGGGUGCUUGGCAUGCCUCCCCCGGUAUUGGCCCGGGCACUAGGGCAGGCAGGGUGGGGCAGCAGGUGCAGUAUUGGUGGGAGGAUGGGUUGCUGGGAACAGGAUGGGGGGGCCAGGCUAGGACAAGGGGGUGCCAGAGCCAUGACCACUACCCCGCCCCCACCACCCGCCUCUCCAUCUCAGUAUUCCCCCUCCCAUCACUUAUAACACACAUACCUCAUCCAGCCUCCUCCCUGCUCAGACUUGGGGAGGGUGGGGGAGGAGGAGCUCCUACCCCUUCCCCAGGGGGCGGGUCUGCAGGGCUGGGAGAGGCCAGGGCGUGUGACACAGACACCGUCCAUAAGGGGGGGACAGUAAUUCCUGCCCUGGGAACUCCUGGGUGGGGGGAGGGGACACUGCCCAGAGGCGCUACUGAAUGUAUGAGAAGCUGGUGCUGGGGUGGGGGUGGGGGGCUGUGGCCAGAAACAGGGAAGGAGGUAGGUCCCUUCCCCAGGGAGGGGUGGGACCGGUAGGGGUGACUUGAGGGGCUCCUACUCCUGCCCCACGUUGACAAUCAGUAUGUCUGUUAUGUGCGAUUUUUCACCCCGUUGUGUUUUGGGUCAGGAUUUUAAAGAAAGAUAUUUUUAUGGUAAUUGUUGCUCGUCUAUUUUACUAUAUAUUUAUGUAAUAAAUAUAUGAUGAAAAUCA